AUGCCCAAUAAUAUUACUCAAUUUCUCCUACUCGGAUUCCCAGAUUUUCAGUUUUGGCACUAUGGAUUAUUUGGGAUUUUCUUGACUAUGUAUUUACUGACUAUCGCUGGAAAUAUCACGAUUGUCUCUAUAGUGCGACAUGAUGACUCCCUACACACCCCAAUGUAUUUUUUCAUCAGCAACUUGUCUUUUAUAGAGAUAAUGUUUACUACUGUCACUGUUCCCAAAAUUCUUGCUCUUGUUAUUGGAUACAGCAAAUCAAUAUCAUUUCACAGUUGUCUCAUUCAGUUUUAUUUCUUUUUUUCUUUGGGAUCCACUGAAUGUUGCCUUUUAGCAGCCAUGUCAUACGAUCGUUAUAUCGCAGUUUGCAACCCACUACACUACAGCAGUAUUAUGAAUAGAUCUGUAUGUUUAUACAUAGUCUUGGCAUGUUGGGUUGAAGGCAUCUUCAUUACAUCAAUUCACACUUUUUGUAUUGCCAAUCUGAAGUUUUGUGGUAAAAACACCAUUCACCAUUUUUUUUGUGACCUUUCCCCACUGUUGAAACUUUCAUGUGAAAAUACAAGUGUCAUAGAAUUUCUAAAUUUUCUCACUGCUUGUGUCAUCGUGUUAUGUUCAUUUUCUUUGACCCUUUUCUCCUACAUCAGAAUUAUAAUGACUGUUUUAGCGAUUCCAUCCAGUACUGGAAAACGCAAAACAUUUUCUACUUGUGCAUCUCAUCUUAUUGUUGUCCUUAUGUUCUUUGGAACGGUGGCUUUUGUUUAUGUUAGGCCAAGGGUCAGCACAGAUUUUGAGGCAAAUAUGUUUAUUUCUAUGUUGUUUAUAGUUGUGACACCUGCAUUGAAUCCUUUUAUCUAUAGCUUACGGAACAAGGAAGUCAAAUAUGCGAUAAAAAAACUUAUUCGAAAUUCUAGGCUAUUAUACAGACAGAUGUCAUAA